CAAUCAUCAACAGUCACUCGACCAGCUCACAAGUGUCACUACAACCUCAAGUUUCCAUUUGAAAUUCUUACAAAACUCAAAAAAUCGUCAAGAUGUUCCGUUUCAUCGCUGUCUUCCUCGCCCUGGUGGCCAUGACUUUCGCUGCUCCCAGCUACAUUGAGCCCCACUACAGCGUGGUUCCAGUGGCCUCCGUGGUGCCCGUAGUAAAGCAUGUUCCGGUGGUGCACCAGGUGCCCGUAGUGAAGCAUGUUCCGGUGGUCAGCCAAGUUUCAGUCGUGAAGCAUGUGCCCGUGGUCCACAAUGUCCCAGUGCUGAAGUCCUACGCUGUGCCCAGCUAUGGUCACCACGUCUAUCACGGUUAGAUGGAAUUUACCGAAGAUGUAUUUGGAACUGAAUAAAUGACAAACUAAAUAUUAAAAUAAAAGCCUA